CUUUUUAAUCAUUAGAAACUUAAUAUUUUUUUUUUUUUUAAAAAAAAAAGAAAAUACAAAUACCUUUAAAUUUGCUUCUUUUUUUUCAUAUAUUUAUAAAUAUAUUGAAAAUAGUAAUAACAAACUAAAAAAACAAAUGUUUUCUUCAGUUGCUUUAGUUGCAUCACUUGUAAAAAGUGCAGCAUUUCCUACCAAUAAUGUACUUAAUGAUAAAGAACAAAUAAUUACCGAUAUUUCCCCUGAUCUCGUAAAAGCUGUGACAGCUGAAUUGAAAAAAGAAAUUGAUGCUGUUUCUACUACAGAAAGUCAAGUAACUAUUGUCGAUGAAGAAACUACUAUAGUGUUACAAUCGAGAGUUAGAAAUGCUAUUCAAUAUCUUUUAACUCCUUAUUCUGAAGACUCUAAAGUAAAAUUACUUGAUGCAAAUCAUUCUGUGAGUUACAUUGCUUAUGGUCUCUCUGAUAUCGUUUUUGUCUAUUCUGGUUUGGCCUCUGAUGAGUAUUCCCUUGGUCAAGAAUUAUCAAAUUGGGCCUCCUCUGCUGUACGUAAUGUGAAUCAUCAACUUGUAAAAGUGGUUCAAAUGGAGACUCGUGCUGGUGCACUUCAAGCUGUUCAAGGUGUUCUUGCUGAUUCUCAAGAGAAAAGUGUGUCUGUCUUGACCACUUCUCAGGCAUUACUCUCAAUGAUUCCUAACUUACAGGCUCUUGCUUUGAAUCAUCAACCCGUUGUUUUUCAUGUUGCCGCUCAAUCUGUAGAUCAAGACCUUAUUCCUUCUCCUAGUCUAGAUGCUGUUCUUACUGCCCGAAAUACGGGUGCUAUCUUAUUAUCUUCUGCAAAUGCUCAAGAAGCACAUGAUAUGGCCAUUGUUGCUCAUCUACUUGCUCACUCUGUUCAUUUACCUGUUAUUCAUUUCUUUAAUGGUGUUACUGCUGCAAAACAAAUUGAAAAAGUGAAUUUGACUUCUUAUGUUCAAUUGGCACAGUUAAGGGCUACCCCUCAUCAUACAGUUCAAUCUUUAUCGUCCUAUUAUACUGAAUCUUAUAAAACAACUCAAACCCUACUUGCUCAAUUUAAUUAUAAACCAUUUGAGUAUACAGGUGCCGAGGAUGCAGAGACUGUGUUGGUGGCUUUGAAUGCCACUGCUGCCUCGAUUGAUCAAGCCGUUCAACGUGCUACAGAAUAUUUAAAGACAAGUGUAGGUCUUGUUCGUGUUCGCGUUUUCCGUCCUUGGUCUGAAUCUGACUUUAUUACCAUCUUACCCAAAUCAGUUCGUCGUGUCGUUGUCCUCGAGGAAGGUGCUGGGCUUUACUCUUUCAAUGGACCAUUAUAUCUAGACAUCGCUGCCUCAAUCCGUUUUGGUUCCUUGGCUCAUGACCGUCGUCCUCGUUUAGUAAGUGCACAAGCGUCUGACUAUAGUCAUCUCCAUGCUACGCAUUUGCCCUCUCUUAUCAAAGAAGCCGAACUUGAAAACUUCAUUAAUCUUGCUGCAGAGCCCUUUAGUGAUUCAAUCUCAGAUGAAACGGUUGCACUUGAAAAGAGUGAUGCUGCCUGGAGCGCCAUCUUCUGGGAUAGUGUCAAGGAUAAUACAGCGACUGCUGCUCUUCAUGAUGCUCAUCUUUUAGAGGCCCUUCAGCCUGAUGUGAAGGCUCGUGUUAGACAUGAUGCUUAUCGUCUUGGUGGUCCUGUCACUCAAACCCAUCUUACCUAUGGUCCUCUCACGACGGCUCCACAUCGUUAUAUUGAAAUUCAUAAUGUCAGCCUAAUCCGUGAAUAUAAUACUUUGGCGAAUGCUGCUCAAGGGGCUACCAUCGUUCUUCAUGGUCCUUGGAAACAUGGUGAUGAACUUGAAGGUAUCUUGUCUAAUGAAUUCAAGUUUGGAUUAACACACAUCAAUGCUAAACUCUAUACGGUGGAUGCUUCACGUAUUGCUCAAGAGCAUGAGUUGAACAUCAAGUCUUCACACCUUAUUUGGGAAGCCGUAUUUUUGAUUUUAUCUCAACAACAACAACAACAAUAUUUGGUUGAUCAACUCUCUGCUCUCUAUGAGGAACUUGAAUUCGAUGAGACCAAGUACACGCUAACUGAUUUGAUCACACGUGUUGUUAAUUCAGUCAAAGAUGGCUUAACAGAGGUAGAAUUAUUACCUCCUUGGACAAUUUUAGAGGUAAGUGAUGAUGUCUUGCCCUCAACUCCUUUAGACCGUUUGGUGAAUGCUCAAGAGGAUGUAGCCAAAAAUGAAGAUGAUACGGCUGAGGUGAACGUAAAUCGAUGGCAUAAGGCAGCUUGGCAUUUCAUGUUUAAUGAGGCAUAUCAUACCGAGACAGAGAUUCGCCCCGACUUGCAUGAAAAGACUUUUCUAAUUCGUGUCAGUGAAAAUCGACGUUUGACACCUGAGAGCUAUGAUCGUAACGUUUUCCAUAUUGAAUUUGACACUACAGAAUCAAACCUCAGAUAUGAACUUGGUGAUGCCCUUGGUGUUCAUGGUCAUAAUGAUUACCAGGAAGUUCAGGAUUUCUUGGAUUGGUAUGGUUUGAAUGGCAAUGACGUUAUCUCUAUCAAGACAAAUGAAGAUGACACUGAACAGGUUCGUUCUGUUUUCCAAUUGUUUAGUCAAACCUUGGACAUCUUUGGUCGUCCCUCAAAGAAAUUUUACGAAUCCCUUGCUGCUUAUGCUACUGAUCCUAAAGAGCGUGAGCAAUUGUUGUAUUUGAUUUCACCAGAAGGCAAAGAGGACUUUAAGAAACGUGUAGAUGAUACCGUAACUUAUGAAGAUCUUUUACGUGAGUUCAUUUCUGUUAAACCUCCACUUGAAGUUCUUGUUCAACUUAUUGCACCCAUCAAACCUCGUCACUACUCGAUUGCAUCCUCUCAAAAGAUGUACAAUCAUGCUGUUCAUUUAUUGGUUGUCGCUGUUGACUGGGAAGUCAAGGGCAAGAAACGUCAUGGUCAGUGUACUCGUUAUUUAUCAAGAUUGAAUGUUGGUGAUCAAGUCACUGUUUCGAUCAAACCCUCAGUUAUGAAACUUCCUCCUCUCGACUCUCAACCUGUCAUUAUGGCUGGCCUUGGUACUGGUAUGGCCCCCUUCCGUGCUUUUAUUCAAGAGCGUUAUUUAGCCAAGUUAGCAGGCAAAGAGGUAGGCCCCGUUGUUCUUUAUUUUGGUUCCCGUCAUCGAUCCAUGGAAUAUCUUUAUGGAGAAGAAUUAGAAGCGUAUCAUGCGGAUGGUGUUCUUUCACACAUCGGUUUAGCCUUCUCUCGUGAUCAAAAAGAAAAAGUCUAUAUUCAACACAAAAUGAUGGAAGAUGCAGAGAUGUUGAGCGAUUAUUUGAUGAACAAGAAGGGGCACUUUUACCUUUGUGGUCCUACUUGGCCUGUUCCUGAUGUGAAAGAUGCUGUUGUUCAUGGUCUUACAAAAUACGGUGGUGUAGAUGCUACUACGGCUUCGGCUCUUAUUGAGGAAUGGAAGGAAAAGGAAUCCUACAUUUUAGAAGUGUAUUAAAAUUUCUUGAGCAUAUUAUAAUAAUAAAUAAAAAAUAGCAUUAUCAUUUAAGAUAAAUGUUCAAUUUAUAAAGAAAACAAA